GUGGAUAUGAUCACAUUGCAUGCUAGAGGAUGGAAUGAGCGAAAAAAAAGAAAUCCGCACAAGUACUUUUCUACACGGUACUUGAAGACUAUCCAAAAGACAAAGGAAUUCAAAGAGGACAUUGAGGCUAUAAAGAAGUGUGUGCAAAGGUCUGAUGAUGAACUGCAACAGUGGGUCACUGAUGUGAGACAGUGGGCAGUUGACACACCAGAUGACCUCAGAACAGAUGAUCCAGUGGCGUUGCAACAUCUAAUUGAAGGCCUAUUCUUGGGCAUCCAGCAGAAAAAGAGGGAUCUGUAUCGAGUAACAGACCGUAACAAACAGCGACACAAGAUCCGAAGACGGAUUGGAGAGCACAAGAAAUUUGCUGCAGACCGUAACAAACAGCGACACAAGAUCCGAAGACGGAUUGGAGAGGACAAGAAAAGGCUGUUUAUAGCCAUAUCACAAUACAACGAUCUACCAAACACCACAGAAUCUGUACAUUCGGUUGAAGACCUUCUGGCAACAGAAAGCCCUAUCUGGCCUUGGGAUUCUGAAUCUGACACUUCCUUAGCCAUGAAGAAGAAGGUUUUUGACAAGGUGAUGCAGCUGGAGAGACUGAUUGAGGAAGAGGCUAUACUUGUAGAAGAAAUGAAACAACACUGGACCCUGGAUCUUACAAGAACCUACAGGGCCUUGAAGAACCAGGCUAGUGUACUAUCAGAGGACCUGGCCACACAGAGCUACCCUUCAGGACUUUCUGUUCAAGCUUACCAUGGCCUGCACAGUGCUGUCCUCCAAAGACUUGAGGAGCUCAAGACAGACCUGGUAGCUGUGAAAGAAACAUAUGUGACCCGUCACGGAAACCAGGGACACAAGUCGGCAGCACAAGUUUCGAGAAAAUGAGAAACAAAGUUUUUUUUUCAAAAUUUGUGAUUUUCGUUUUAUUGCAGAAUCUGUUAGUUGAGAUCACGAAGAAGCCUCUCCAUGUUUGAGAUAGCAGUUUAUGUAUAUUUAAAAGCGUACAUUUUGCGGUUAAAAUAGGCUUGUUUUCCGGAGAUUCUAGCGUGCAGCGGGGGGCGUCAUUGUCUGUGUGUAUAUUUACAUACUGUAUAAGCUUGUGUUUUCGCCUCCGCCCCCAAAGGGAACAGCGUGACUACUGAAUAAGGAUAGUUCGCCCAAAACUGAAAAUAAUGUCAUUAAUGACUUACCAUUAUGUCGUUCUAAACUCGGAAGACCUCCGUUCAUCUUCGGAACACAGUUUAAGAUGUUUUAACAUUAGAUUUAGUCCGAGAGCUUUCUGUCUCCUCCAUUGAAAAUCUAUGUACGGUUUCCAUGUCCAGAAAGGUAAUAAAAACAUUAUCAAAGUAGCCCAUGUGACAUCAGUGGUUCAGUAAAAUUGUGUUGAUGCAUCGAAAAUACAGUUUGGUCCAAAAAUAGCAAGAAUUACGACUUUAUUCAGCAUUGUCUUCUCUUCCGGCUCGAGCGUGAAGUCGCGUGACUGUAGUGACGUGGCUGCUCUGUCCCUUAGACAUGUUUGCUGAGUUUUAUUUAUUUUUUUCAAACUUAUAGCGUGCGUCUCCCCAGACUGUAAAUGAAGCUCGGGCGCACAAAACAAAAGACAUAUAAAAGAAGCUGGGGCGGAACAAAUAACAGUCAACCGCAUGUAC